UGUUACCAAGGUGGCCCGCGAGUUUCRCACACAGCGGUACGAUGACAACAACGCACCGCUCAUGUAUGUCCGCAUCCAGGUUGGGCAAGCGUCCUGCAGCGCUUUGCUGGAUAGCGGCGCGUCUCGCAAUUUUAUGAGCCAAGCCUUUAUGCAAAGGGCUGGCCUUGGCGCACGAGUUCGGAGGAAGGCAAACCCGACAACGAUCAAGUUGGCAGAUGGAAAGACACAGCAACUUCUCGACCGUUACAUCGAGGCCGUACCGGUUUAUUUCGCACCUCAUGCAUGCGAACCGGUGACGUUCGACAUUCUCGACACGGACUUCGACAUCAUUCUGGGAAUGCCUUGGCUUGCAAGUGCGGAUCACACGGUCAACUUCCACCGGCGGACUCUUAGCGUUCGCGACGCCUUUGGCGCCAAAGUGGCGUGUACUAUUCCUCUACCGCACCCUUCAAUUCGGUGCCAGGUGGUGACGGCCAAGCCAUUCCGGGCGACUUGCGCUUACGAGCAGCCCAAGGAAAUCAGCCUAUGUUUCCUACGGACCGUCGCGGUAGCCGACUCUUCACCCACGGACUUGUCUUCGGACCCCCGGGUGACCCAAGACACCGAUCACAUUCCCGGGAAGUCGAACCGUCUUGCGGAUGCUCUUUCACGGCGUCCGGAUCAUUGUACCGCGGUCUACUCAACCUUCGAGAUUGACGAUGACCUGCGGAACAGCUUCAUCCGCGGCUACCAAGCCGACCCCGAGUUCCACGACAAGUACGUGAAUUGCUCCUCUCCUAACCCGGUGCCUUCUCACUACCGGAUCCAAGAGGGGUACUUGCUUGUCCACACACGGGGGAAGGACCUUCUUUGCGUACUGAGUGAUCCUCACUUGCGUAGACUGCUUCUUGGCGAGUUCCACGAUGCUCCCGCCACCGGACACUUUGGAGUCAAUCGCACAAUUGGCCGACUUCGCGAGCGAUUUUGGUGGCCCGGCCUUCUCGGCGACGUCACACGCUAUUGCGAGUCAUGCGAGGUUUGCCGAAGCUGCAAAUCCCGCAACCACCGUCCGUACGGCGAGUUACAACCAUUACCGGUCCCUUUGAGGCGAAGGGAAGCGAUUGCCAUGGACAUUACCAGCCCGUUCCCCAAGCACAAGACCGACGUGGAUGGGAUUCUUACGGUGGUCGACCGACUCACCAAGUUUGCCAUGUUUUUGCCUUGCUGCUAUCAUGCCAAGGCAUCGGAGUUGGCCGACGUUCUUUACGCCGGCUGGAUUCGAACCAAGGGUUACCCCAAGGAGAUCGUCUGCGACCUUGACACUCGGUUCAUGUCCGAUUUUUGGUUGGCGCUCAUCAAGCGAUGGGGCUUAUCUCUCAAGCCCAGUUCAGCUCGCCACCCCCAGACCGAUGGCCAAACGGAGAGGGCGCACCAAACCGCACAGGUUCUCCUUCGCACUCUCAUCCGUCCUGACCAGAAGGAUUGGGUUGAGCGGUUGCCGGAUGUCGAGUUGGCCUACAACUCCUCCAUCCACCCGGCUAUCGGGAUGUUGCCCUUCGAGUUUGAGCACGGCUCGCCGGUCACUUCACCAUUGGACACUAUCACUCCACGAGCGACCGAGAGUGACGACCAUCUUCUUUUCUUGCGUCAGACGCAACAAGUUCUUGUUAAGGCACGCGACCAGAUGGCUAAGAUGCAUCAGCGCAUGAGCCAGCACGCCAAUCGUCACCGUCUUCCUUGCCCAUUCCGCGCAGGCGACCUCGUUUGGGUUUCCGCAGCGGAAUUCAGCCUUGAACAAGACAUCUCUCGUAAGCUCCUCCCGAAAUGGAUGGGGCCCUGGCCGAUCAUGGCACCCUCUGGAGAUGCACCUGAAGGACCUUCCUUCACCAUUCAGGUGCCCGCCCACUUGCCCGUCUACCCGGUCUUUCAUUGCUCCAAGCUGGCUCUGUACACACGCCAGCAGACCAUGACGAUUUUCCCGGGCGACGAUCGCAAGACCCACCCUCUAUGGACGGUUUUCAAGAGGUCAGCGAUAUCAUUUCCCAGCGUCGCUACCGCAACAGGCCGAGUGAGUAUCUGGUCCAUUUUGCAUACUGCAGCCACAGAGCUGACCGUUGGUUGAACCGUGCGGAACUGCAAACGACAGCUCCAGACGUUCUCGCACGCUACGAACGCAAGAUGCAAGGCAAGCCGGUAUCUUUGGCUCCACGCCGCACCCACGUUCCUGUUCCGCCUUCAGACCGUCAGCUUCGCCCCCAGCCCGGUUUGACUUCAUAAGGAGGGGGGGUGUUACAUGUUGCGCCUGCACACGAGGGCCAUUUUCCAGGCCCUGCGUCCCUCAGCCUGAAAGCUUGAAAACCAGGGCCUACAGGCCCUGUGUCUGUUCAGCUCGAAAGCCUGAAAUACAGGGGCCUACAGACCCUGUGUCGUUUUAGACUAAAAAUGGCAAUAGCCUUUUUAGCCGGAAAUGAAGGGCCAUUUUCGGU